AUGGCUGCCUGGAGAGGACUUAGCUGGCUCAGAGUCAACCAUUUAACUAGUUCAAUGAGAUAUCUGAGUACAACAUUACCAACAGGAGCAGCUGCACAACAAAGUGUUAAGGCUCCUGUUCAAGUGUUUGGAUUAGAAGGAAGAUAUGCUCAUGCUUUGUUUUCAGCUGCUAGUAAGAAAACGUCAUUAGAGAAAGUGGAAGGAGAACUAAAAGACUUUCAAAAACUGAUGCAAGAUUCACCAGCUCUUGCUGGUUUUAUUAAUAACCCUACUAUCAGAAAACAACAGAAACAAAGUGCAUUAGCUGAAAAUAAUCGUUUAACCAAAGUCUCUGGAGUGAUCAAAGCCUUUGGUACAAUAAUGAGUGCUUAUAGAGGAGAGGUCAAUUGUGUUGUCACUACUGCUAAGACUGAUCCUGCUCUCAUUGGUGGUAUGAUAGUUAGUAUUGGUGAUAAAUACAUUGACAUGUCAACAGCUACGAAGAUCAAGAAAAUAGUUCAAUCAAUGGAACAAGGAUUGUAG